GCGAUUAAAUUACACCACCUGAUCACUUAAAAUAAGGAUUCCUAUCAGGGACGGUCACAUACAGCGUGGGAACAGCCGAAUUCCAGUAGUUUAUGAGUGCUUGGGUUUUAAAACUACCGGCGGUCUUUCAGUCUGAGGUGAUCCAAGGAAUGAGAAGCCAAAAGUUCUUUUUGGAUUUGAUUCUGAGAUCCCAGACAAACACCCUUGAUAUCCCGCUGUAAGAUGUCUGCAUCUGUGACGGUAACAAGGGUGCCCUCUUCUGACUGCUCAGGUUUGAAGGAGUAUGGGAACUCUUCAGCACAACAAAACAGUCUAGAUGACAUCAGGGAGAGACCACAAGACCGUGGGGGUAACACGAAUACCUGUAAAUGUACCAAAGUUUCAGAGACUGGCAAAAUGAACAGCAAGUUGAAUUACGAACAGGAAUUUAAGAUAAACAAUGCUAUACAUGUAUGUGAAAAUGGAGAAUGUGACUCGGCAAACAAAAACAACAAUGCUCAAGUGGGGAGUGUAGAGAGCCAAGAUCCAACCAAAACAUGCCUAAGGCAGUCACGGGCGACAGACAGCAAAAGUCAUAACUCUGUGCUCAAGCAACAUUCUGAUGUAUGCUGUAAAAGGGUUAGCUCCCUUGAUGAGAUACCAGAUUUGACACCAGCCAACUGUGACUUCAAUCCUGAUACUUGUGUUUCGCUGCCAGCUGACUUUGUCUUGAACGGAAAUCAGUCAGUUCGAGAUGAAUGUAACUGUCAUGCAAGAAACGCUGCCAUUUCCAAGUCCUUAACGACCCUUCCAGGAGAGGAGCUCUCCUCUAAUGAAGGUGUGUUUGUGAGCGAUAGCUUAGAGGGGAAAUGUAGCCAUUCAGAGGACAGCAUUGUGCGACUAAGGAGCUCCAGUGGCCGAGAAAAUCUUGUUGGUCAUCUGUCGCAAAGCUACACACGCUAUGUUAGUGGGGCAUUUAAUUUCCUGAAGAACGAAGGGGUAACAGGAGGUAGUGAACAAGACGAAGGGUCAAGACCACAAUCGUGCGCCAAAUACCAUGAUCGGAACUCUAUCAAUGUUAUACAAGAAGCACCAGAUGAAGAAAUCACAGAAGAAUCUGUUGCAAAGCGCACAUCAGCAACUAGAGUACCAAAGGGAGUGUCAGCGGAGUCACACAGAGACUCUAGCGCAAGCGUCGUCAGCAAUUUAAGUUCGUUGUCGGAAACCAGUUAUACGUCUGAUACGCCAAACGCAGUUGAUACGCACACUGUGAUUGGCUGUUCACAAAAUGAGCCAAAGAAGGUAGAAGCAUGCAGUACUGAGGGAGGCAAGGUACCAGAGAAUGUGACAAAUGUAGACAGUUCCAUUGGCUGUUGUUUAACUUCUGACAAGGUACCAGACACAUCAUUAGAAAAUUCAGAUAGGUGUAUUUCGUCUUCCAUUUCCCAGCAUGCAACUGAUGAGAACAAGCAAUCUUCAGAGAAAACAGUAUUAGAAACUUUAUCGGGCUCAAGUGUUAAUCAUGCAGAACAAGAAACAACAACAACAACAGCAGGUGGUGACGAGGGCCAGUUUUCUGCGCACAUGCCAUGUGAAGGAAUGAAGCAGGGAGAUGCCAGCCCUGCCAUGGAGAACACUGACACCCCGGUGAUGAGAAAGCGGAGUUCCAGACGACGAGAUCAAAGUUUGAAGACAGAAGACUCGUGCGAGGGUGACAGUGACGAUUCAUCGGACGAAGAUUCAGGUGUGUAUGCCGAAAGUCACAGGAACUCUCACUGGAUUAAGGUGGAGGAUGAUGGAACCUUGACAUUACCCAGCAUGCCUUACACAAUAUCAGAGGACGUGGACCAAUUAGACAGUGACCUGGGCAUAUCCCCAGAUUUAUCCGCAGGGGUGUCAAAAGACGACGAUGUUUUCUCUGAGGCAUUUGCCGACGCCCAGAAGUCUCACAAGAGGACCGAUUCAGUGACGACGACCGCAUCGGAAACGGAAUUUCGCAACAAGUUUCGAUACCUGCGUAAACGGUCGGUUCAGCGUCAUAAUAGUCACCAACAGUUCUACAGGAUGUCCACAAAGUACUAUGCUGAUGAAAUGACGAUCACUAUGGAGAAGGAUGUCGGCCAUGAUGACUUUGGACUUCACAUCCUGGAUAGUCACCCUGCUGUCAUCUCAGCUGUUAUACCAGGAAGCACUGCGGAGAAGGCAGGUGUGAUGGCAGGACAAAUCCUGGUGUCUGUGAACACGGUGAAUGUACUGGCGGCAAACCAUGGGGAGAUAAUCCAGCUCAUACAACAGAACCCGGAGUCAUUGACGAUAGCUGUAGGACAGAGUGAUGUGAUGCACAGUCGCGACCUGCAGACUCCGGUUCUAGCUGGUUAUCUCGCCAAACUGGCCGGCUCCGGUCUGAUCAAACUCUGGCGUAAACGCUGGUUCGUCCUGCGUCAAGACAACUGCUUAUAUUACUACAAGACAGAAAAUGACAAGGACCCUCUGGGUGCCGUUCCUCUCACAGACUACAUGGUCGCCAAGGCCCUGGAGGUCACACGAGACUUUGCCUUCAAGCUGGAGAAAUAUGGCGCCAGGACUUACUACUUCGCCUCAGAUUCAGACGAAAGCCGCAAAAAGUGGGCAAAUGCCAUGACGCUUGCUGCACGUUCCACUAUGAAGACUGAGACGUGGCUAGAUGUGACCAGUCACAACGUGGGAAUCCCUGCCCUGUCCUUGCGAAACCCUGAGUGCACGGGCUACCUCAGCAAAAUGGGCGAGGCUCGAAAAGCAUGGAGGAAGCGGUAUUGUGUGCUGAAGGAUGCCUGUAUAUACUACUACAAGGGGAUAGGUUCCUACAACGCUCAGGGCGUGGCCCAUCUCCAUGGUUACCAGCUAGAGAGAGAUGUUAACUGCAGUAAGAAGCAUGCAUUCAAACUAGUACCCCCGGAGCCCAACAUGAGGACGUUCUUGUUUGCCACAGAGAAUGCCACCGACAGAGAAAGGUGGAUGGAAUCAAUGAUUAAAUCCAUUGGCCGUUGGAAGAGAAUCAGUGCUUCCAGUUGAGUUAUCUCCCCUUAAUUAUUCCAUCUCUACAGUAUCAUAUAUAAGCCAUAUAAUCCAAUGAGUUAAGAUAUGUCACUGUUAUUACUGUAGCUUAUGAUCCAGUUCCUCAGUCUUUCAAUGUUUUCAACCAUUUAGUGCUCAUUCAGCCAAUGUUAAGGGUGUUCUCUGUAUUGGUGAAAUUCUGACAGGGCCUCAUUUAUUGAAGGUAGAUGUGUUAGUCAUAACUAUUACAUUGUCAUCACAUGGCUUGUAACUGUUUAUCUUUGACGCAAAAAUUCAACUCCACUUCGAUUCAGUUUUGACCCACCACUGGAUUCUUGGCCCACCACUGGAUUUUUGGCCCACCACUGGUUGAUGUUUCAUUUUUGUGUAAAUGAGUUGAGUGAAAGGUUCUAAAUAUUUAUCUGCAAUUGUAUUUUAAAGCUCAGUAUUUGUUUUACCUUCAAAGUUAUUAGAUAUGUAUUUCAGCAUCCUUCUUGACUGGCAUACUUGUCUUCAUUCGUGUCAUUGGCUGAUUCAUGUGUGUCCUAAUUCCAUUGGUUGAAACAGUGACCUAUUGUGGAUGCUCAUUGGUUGAUCAGUAUUGGGUAAUAGAUAGAUCAACCAUACCUAUUGGUUGAUUCCCAUCUGUCAUGAAUAGCUAAUUUGUGCUCAAAUAUUUUAUUGGACUUAAUUGGUUGAUGGAUUAUGUACUUGCACUUCUCACUAAUCUUUACAGGCAAUCUUUUCAGUAUGCCUGAAAUAUAUAAAAUACAUAUCAGUGACAUCUUUUUUUUUCCUAUCUGGUUACACAUUCUAUCCAAUUGUUUUAAUGCAAACUAUUGGCUAAAUUGACCAUAUAUUUGUAGCGUUUUUUUUGUGGUAUUUGUCCAGUAACCAAAAAGAUUUUGAACCAGAUUUGAACACACCAAAAUGAACUGAAAUUUAAUUUGGUUGAUAAAGGAUGCAGCUUUACAUAUGCAUGUUUCUAUGCUUUUACCUAUAGAGAAAUGACGUUUUUUUUUUUUUUUCUAAUUUGAAAUCCAACUGAAGAUUAGUGCAUAUUUUGACAACUCAAUGUUAAUGGUUGGCUGAAGUGGCUAUUGCUGUAGUAACAUUAUUUUUCAUCUGUCAUUUGACUUAAAAAAAACAAAAAAAACAAAGAAAAUAUACAUAUGUUUCAAGGUUGUAUUUUCAAAUUUUAUUAUGUGUUAUUUUCAUAGAACAAUGAUCUGUUGUGUACAUUUAGAAGUGUUUAUCUUAGUUUUAUGUAUGGAUGUAGAUUUGACGUCUUUUAGAUUGUUCUAUGUACUAUAUAUAUGUAUGAGCAUGUAUUGUAUUUUUUUGACAUAGUGUUUACGAACAACCUCAUUAACUCAGACUAUGCAUGUCUAAACAUUUCAAGUUAUCCAUGCUUUUCAGCUUUGAAACGUGAUGUUGUCUUGAUUUUAUUCCAACAUCAAUUUUUUUCUUCUUUACAUUUUGCCAAAAUAUGUAAUAUUUUCUGACAUAUUUGACAUUAUCA